AUGGGAGACCCCAUGGACUAUAGACAAGAGGGCGGCCCACCACCACUUUUCAACACAAGCGAGAGCAGUAACGAGUACAUGAAGGCCCUUCCCGGAAUGCUUGAGACCGGAGAGUUUUCCGACUUGACCAUCAUCUGCGGCAACAAUCGGUAUCGAGUGCACAGAAACAUCCUUUGCGCUCGGUCCAAAUUCUUCAAGGCCGCUUGCAGUGGGAUCUACAAGGAAUCAGAUGGAGAGAUCAACCUCCCGGACGAUGAUCCCGCUGCAGUACAAAAAAUGAUUGGUUAUCUUUACAACAUCGACUAUACCCCCACAACAACGCAGAUGCCGGACUAUCAGGACGACGUAGAGGCAGAGCUUUCGGAUACAGAAUAUGACGCUGAGACACGGUAUCGCAUGAGACUCUUUGGAGCAGAAUUCAUCGAACGAAAAAGAAUAAAACAGCUCAAGGAGCGUGAAUGGGGAGGCUGGAAGGUCGACGAACCUCCUCUUGCAUCACAGCUCUGCCUACAUGCAAAGGUGUAUGCGCUAGGGGAGAAAUACGGACUACAGGGUCUGAAGAAGACAGCCAAGGGCAAGUUUGAGAGUGAAAUCGAGAGCGGCACUGUUGGGAUCGACGACUUUGCGGAAGCGGCUGAGGAGGUGUAUACUUCGACGAUCAGUGAUGAUAGGGGGUUAAGGGAUGUGGUUGUUAAGAUAAUUGAGCAGGAUAUCUUGUUGUUGGAUCAUGUGGCGGUGCAAAAAGCCAUGCGGGCUACAAACCUAGCUUUGGAUGUUCUUUUGUAUAUGUCACAAGGGAUGAGGAGUCUGGCAAGGUUCAAAAUUACACCCGAGACCAUGGGCCUGAGAAUCUGGGGCUCUUGA